AGUUCUCUCACGAUCGGGUUCAGGGAAGAGACUCACCAGCUCCUCUUCAGCUCAGUUCUGGUCAUGACAUAACUGUCCUCUGUCGUUCCUCUGGAGGAGCAGCAAGCCAUCCAAAUCUGGGCUUUGGGUCAUGGAUCAUCAGACCACGGGUCAGCACAGUCAAGCCUCCAAGUUUCAGUGGCUUUCGUUUGCUUAUCAGGGCCUUACAGAGAUUCCAUAUGACGCCAUCUUCAAACAGAUGGACACGCUGGAGGUUCUGGACCUGAGCUACAACCUGCUCUCUGAUCCUUUUUGAAACCCGGCUCUGUUGGGGUGUCUGGAGAAGCUCAGCACUCUGAUUCUGGACUGCAACAACUACACGUCUCACGUGAAGUUCCCCUACAUGCCGAGCAUCACGGCUGUGUGCAUCAACAAGAACAAGGUCAACAACUUGCCUGUGUUUGUGGAGGAGACCAGGAAAAAGUUCCCCAACAUCAAGAUUCUCAGCAUGAUGAACAAUGAGGCGGCGCCGAGCUACUUCAACGGAGGAAAUCUGACCCAGUACAAAGAUUACAGGCUAUAUGUGAUCAGUCAGAUCCCAAGCCUGGAGAUUCUGGAUGACACAGAAGUUCUGGAGGAGGAGAGAGUCCAGGCCAGGAAGACGUACCAUCUGCAGCAGAGCCAUCUAAGCAGCAGCAGGAGGAGGGAGGACUCAUCCAGGAAUCAGACCCACCAAAAACAAAACUUCAUCAUAAGAAAAUGA